AUGUUGAAUAAUAGUAAUAAUAACACUAGCUCCGAUUCCAAUAGUAGCCACCAUCUUCAUCAUCAUCACUCAUCAAGAAUGCCAACUGUCAAUUCCACAUCGGGUAUCUCGGAUGAUCCAUCCACCACCACCACCAACAACAACAACCCUAAUACCUCACUCCAACUGGCACAACUCUCAUUCAACAAUUGUCUCGGAGGAGAGUUGCCUCUCCCCUACAAUGCAAAAGAACAAGAAGCCAUUGCAUCCAACAAUGAAAUGUUCUUUUUUGUCAUGACUCCCGAUGAAAAGAAUCAAUUCAUGCAAAGGGUUGACCAGUAUGUGAGAGAACGACGACCUCACGAAGCACUUUCCUUACUUGCAAAUAAGGCAAAAAAUUUACAAAAUCAUUUACAAGAUUUAACGAGUCAACAAGAGAGUUUACAUCAACAAUAUGAACAAUUAAGACAUCAAUAUCCUUAUUUUGAUAGAAAUAGUAAUGUCAUGUACAAUGAAGAUGGUGAAUCACAAGAGAUUGACUUUCAUCGACUGAACCAAUUAAGCAUGACAAUUGGUGCUGUCAAGACACAACUCGUAGAAAUUCUGCUCAAAAAAGUUCAAAUGUUACUCCCAAUGCAACUCGAACAGGAAGCAGAGAGAGAUUUGAAAAUAAUUUUCAAUAUUGAUCCCCAAAAUCAAAUAGCAAAUCAUUAUGUUGCAGUAUUGGAAAAGCAAUUACAAGAGAAGAGAUUUCGAGAGGAGCAGGAAAACAUGGAAAAGUUGAAACGAGGUGGUGAUGGGUUAGAAACUAUCAUUUUGACAGAUGAAUCAAAUCUGCGAGAAACAAGUUUUACUCGAAAACGAACAAACACACUCUAUGAUUUUGACGAAGAUGUCGAAGAGUUGGAAUGCCCACUUUGUUAUCGAGUUUUCUAUGAACCUGUGACGCUGAGUUGUGGCCACACGUUCGAUCGAAGCUGUAUUUGUAGAGUUCAUGAUUAUAGUGACAAGUGCCCACUCUGCCGACAAACCAUUCAUGUUGUGCCCUAUGACUAUCCAGUGACAGUUGUUAUUAAUGAAUUAUGUCAGAAAUAUUGUAAACAACAGUACGAACAACGAAAGAAGGAAAUGGAAGAAGAAAAUGGUUCACAACAGCUCAACAUUAAUCACAUUCCUAUUUUUGUAUUGGACUUUGUACUGUAUCCUCACACCUUACUGCCGUUACACAUCUUUGAACCUCGAUAUCGCUUAAUGAUGCGACGAUGCAUGAGCGGAAGCAAAUGUUUUGGAUUGGUGUGCUGUGGCCCGAACCGUAAUGGUGACAUUGCCAAAUAUGGUUGCAUUGCAAAAAUUACAAGCUUUAAAUUGUUACCUGAUGGUCGUAGUAUUAUUGAGACAGUAGGAACAGAUCGAUUUAAAAUUUUAGAGAAGUGGGACACAGAUGGGUAUAUUUGUGCCAAAGUUCAACUAUUGAAGGACAAGACAGAAACUGAAAUUAAUGUCAUGGAGGGUGGGAUUGGAGGAAAUAAUAAUAGAAAUUCUGUCGUUCGUGACACUCUUGUUUCCUCCGUGAGAAUGAGUCACAACACAGCAGAGGACUCGGUCACAUCUCCAUCACAACAACCCUCAUCUUCAUCUUCCGGCAACCCUAGAACCACUUCCACCACAACUUCCUCGACUGGCUUUGAUAACGUUUGGCACACGGCAGAGAAAAUGACCUUACAGCAACUCAAUGAACAACUGUAUCAAAUUGUAGAAAUAUUCCUGCAAGAUGUCGGACCAGAGACCAAACAAACCAUCAUUCAAAAAGUUGGUCCAUUCCCAAAAGAGAACGAGCCAGAAAAGUUGAGUUUUUGGGUGAGUGCCAUGCUACCUCUCACGACUCAACUCAAGUUGGAUUUACUCGCCAUUACCAAUACGAAGGAACGAUUACGGGUGUUACUGUCGAUCUGUAAACAAAUUGCACAGUCACAACAAUCGAAUUGUGUCACUCAAUAA